CUCAGAUACUCAAAUCUGCCUGGUGAUAACACCGACUUUCGAAGGUCCCAGACAAGGACCGGUACUCCUUGUGUACCUGGGUAUCUUGUAGAUCGGCCAGAUACUCCUUACUCGGUCAAUGGGUCCAGGAUCUCAGCCCUAAGUUUAGUAGACAUAGGCCGGCAAAUCUCCCUCCCAGCUUAGCGAUGAUGUUGUGGAAUUCGUGCUUGUCAUCCUUCAUUAAUGUCCCUUGCACAACGCCUCGUCGGAUAUGAGGGCACACGUGGGCAGUCCUGUUAACAUCCUACUCUUCGGAGCUGGUAGCGUAGGCGCAGUCCAUCUGUAUCAGUUUCAACGUGCCGGAUGUCGAGUGACAGCUGUAUGUCGCUCGAAUUAUGAUGCGGUCAACCGCGAUGGCUUCACUCUUAUCAGCAAGAGAUUCGGUAAUGUCAAGUUUCGUCCCGAACAUGUCGUUCGAAAGGCCGAAGACUGCCCCAAGGAUGUCUCGUACGACUACAUCUUCGUCGCCAGCAAAUCUUUCCCGGGCACCAAACCUCUGCUGUCUGACAUGAUCCGCCCGGCGAUGCGGCCACAUACCGCCAUUGUGCUGGCCCAGAAUGGGAUCGCGAUCGAAGAUGAAGUUGCACAAGUGUAUCCGAACAACCCUCUGCUGAGUUGUGCCGUGUACAUGCCAGCGACCCAAACCGAUCAGGGCGUCAUCCAAUAUCCGGAGAUGCUGAACCUCCUUGAGAUCGGGACCUUUCCUGCCAAUGCUCCGCCAUCUCACAAGGAGGCCGCCACGAGGCUGGCAGACCUGGUGGUCGCUGGUGGUGGACAAGCUGAAGUCCACGAUGAUAUACAGAUUGCUCGGUGGUCCAAGUUGUUGUUGAACGGUGCCUGGAAUCCGAUUUGCGCCCUUUCAAUGUGCACCGAUGGGGAUUUCCUGGGAACGUCUCCUCAAGCAUAUGACCUGGUUUGGUCUGUGAUGCUGGAAAUCAUCGCGCUGGCUAAGAAGAUCGGCAUUCCAGGUAUUGAUGAAAAGGUUGCCGAACAGAAAUUGUCCAUUGCGAAGCGACGGUCCGAGACUGGCCAAGGCAGAGCCAUCAGUAUGCUCCAAGACAUUCAACAGGGCCGUCUGUUUGAAAUUGAAGCCAUUGUUGGCAACACGGUGCGGCUGGGGAAAAAGCAUGGUGUUCAGAUGCCCUUGAUGGAGGCAUUGUACGCCCUGGGAAAAGCACGUUUCGAUGCCAUGGUUCGAGAACAAAAGGCACGUAGAGGAUGAAACGAAAUCCAUGGUAAACAGCUAGACAUUCUACGAUCUCACAGCUAAGACGCUGGCCAUGUUGUCAGCGGCAUUCUGACAAGGCUUCAACCAUUCAAAGAGUGUCAGAGUCUCUGAACAGGUAUGCAAUUUUGAAAUCCGC